AUGCGAGGGCUUGUCUUUGCUUGCACUCUCCUCCUUUCUUAUGCCCUAGCGCUGCCCAACUAUGGAAGCUAUGCAGAGGUGGGUUUACAGGCUCUGCACAAAUGGUAUAAUGCAUCAACAGGACUGUGGGAGACGACAGGGUGGUGGAAUAGUGCAAACUGCCUAACAACCGUGGGGAACCUAAUGCCUUUGAACGACUAUGCCGCGUCGAUAGGGAAAGAUAUUUUUAGUGCCACUUUCAAGCAGGCCCAGAAGGCACAAGCCAGACUUUACACAAGGGUCCCUUCAAAUGGUUUGGUUGAGAUUGGUUAUCUUAACCCACCAUUUAUCAUCGCAUCAUCCCUAUGGCACAGCUUUCCUGGCUUCAUCAACGACUACUACGACGAUGAGGGUUGGUGGGCUUUGGGAUGGAUCAACGCUUACGACGUAACUAAAGACCAGAAAUACCUACAAAUGGCAAGGGAUAUCUUCGAAGAUAUGACAGGUGGGUGGGACAGUGGGCGGUGUGGUGGGGGUAUCUGGUGGGAUAAACGCCAAACAGCCUUGGUUGCCAUCUCGAACGAACUUUUCCUGAGCGUGGCAGCACAUCUCGCCACCCGUGUCCCCAACAAAGCAAAAUAUUACAGUGAUUGGGCAAUAAAGGAGUGGAAAUGGUUCAAGCAAUCUGGCUUGAUAAACAUGCAAAAUAAUAUCAAUGAUGGCAUAGACUUAAUCAUCUGCAAGAACAAUGGAGGGAUCGUAUGGUCAUACAACCAAGGCGUCAUUCUCGGUGCCUUGGUCGAGCUCUCCAAAGUGUUCCCCGGAGAAGGCAAUUCCUUCCUAGAUCACGCGCAUGCCAUCGCUACGGCGGCAAUUCGUACUCUAUCCGAUGAGCACGGCAUCCUACAUGACCGCUGUGAACCCGACUGUGGUGGUGACGGACCGCAAUUCAAGGGAAUUUUCAUGCGCAAUCUGCAGGUAUUGCACAAAACUGCGCUGAAAUCAGAGUACAAAUUCUUCAUUGAAAAGAAUGCAGAUUCCAUCUGGGCCAAUGACAAGAAUGAUGAGAAUCAGUUUGGUAUUAACUGGGCCGGACCUUUCGCGCCCCCUGCCCUCGCAUCGACCCAGAGCUCAGCACUCGAUGCACUGGUGGCAGCUGCAGCUAUUCAGAGUUGA